CCCCGACGGGCAGCGGGGCGCCGAGCCGGGCCACCGAGUCUGCGGAGCGCCGGGACGGACGGACGGACGCUGCGGCCGAAACCCUCGGGAUCUUGAGGCGUAUGGAACCUCAAGGUCUUUAUGACAAUGGAAACCAAAAAAUUGAUUGGUAAGCCACUUCAACCGGCAAGACCUGUUCGUCAUCUCUCUUCUCCCCCAGGACCAGUGUUCCCUUUCAACUUUCAAAAUGAAUAUCCAUGCAACACUCAGUGUUUACAAAGUGGAGUUGGCAGAUGUAAGACGAAUGGAAUGCAAGCCUUUUCUCAAGGUCUUAAUGAACAACAGCAGCAUCAGACCCCAGUUAAAAAAGAGAGAAUUAAAUACAGCAGAGAUUUCUUGUUGAAGCUCUCAAGUGUUUCCAUCUGCAGAAAAAAGCCAGACUUUCUGCCUGAUCAUCCCAUUGUACUUCAAAAACCAGAAAACAACCAAAAUUAUAAGUAGCAUUUGAGAACAGAUGAACUUGAAGAUAAAGAAUUACUCAUUUUAUAUUUGGACACCUGCAAACGAAGUGGAUCAGGAACAAUAACUGUAAUGGACUGUGACAAUUCAAUUUAUUUUUAAUUUUGAUGGUUGGCUGUUUGGCCUUUCAUAAAGUGAGAAAGAUAUUUUAAACUAUAAAGAAUUUUUCUAAUCAGUUUUGGCUUUGCAGGCAGUUUCCUGCAAACAUUGAGAAGCAACACCCAAAAGUAGAAAUUUUUUUGAAGUGGGAGGACUGUAUUUAUACUUUUCAUGCUACUUGCAGUUUUCUUCUUUCAUCACUUGUAAUAAUGGAAUGGAAAUGUAAGCUGUAAAGAUUCUCAAAUAUAAAGAAAUUGCUACAAUGUACAUAUAGUACAUAACUUCUUGUUGUAUUGAAGGUUGUUUUUGUUAUUUUUCCCACUGAUUUCACCAGCAUUGACCAGAUCAUUAUGACUGCUCCAGAAGUGCAGAAUGAUUCAGAAUGUUCCAAGGAUGGUUAGCAAUGGCAAGAGAAGGUUUUCUAAUAGACAUUUAUCUUUAUAUUUGUGGUUGAUUGACCUGUAGGUUUUUAGUAAUGACAUUGUUUUACAUUCAUGAUAACUAGCAGAGAUGAAAAAUUUGAAAACAAGGGUACUGAAUGAAACCAAAGUUGAAAAGUAGCUGUACUUAUGUCAGUAAUCCGACUGUAUGAUUAGAACUUGAGCACUGAAAAGUAAAGUUGGUAUUUCUUGUUUUCAGAAGAGGAACCACUGAGGCAUUUGUAAAUAAUUGAGGUGCAAUAAGUUUUAAUUCUAUAAUUUCUUAUAACAGAAACAUAUGUGGAUGAAUAAUUUUGGAUUUUAACUUUAUUUAUUACGAGAAAUUUAAUACAGUAAGCCUCUUACAGUUUUUUACUCUGGAGGUUACUAUUAUAAAAAAAAAAAGUAGUUUCAUCUAGCAGAGUGUUAAAAGCAUCACGGACAGAAAGAUAAGUAUAAACUCUCUGCUUCUGCUCUCUCCGAUUCCUGGGUAUGUUGGCAAGACAUUCAAGGCUAUUAAUUGGCAGGAAGUUCAUAUUUCUCAGAAUAUGAAUUUGUAAAACCAGCACUAUUUGAUUCAUUAUUUUUUAGGGCUUGUCCAAAUUUACUUAUUUUGUAUAUAGUAGUUUCCCAUCUUGGUCUUUUAGCACCUUAUUCGAUAUUAAUUUGUUCCUCAGAGAAAGGCCUUUUUUAAAAUAGGAAAAACACCCCUUCAUUAAGCACAAACUUAUUGUUUACUUAAAGUGAGAUAUUUAUAUUUAAAGCUCUGUUUUUUCAUUCAUGUUUUGUCCUCUACACUUUUAUAGUAUUGGUUCCAGUAUAAGUGUUUCUGUAUGUUAGCAACAUACAGAAAAAUAUGUAUAUAAUAGCCAGGGUUACAGUUACUAUAGAAUUGGAUAAUUAUUAGAUUUUCUCAAGCCCUUUUGUUUUUCUAAUUUUAAAAUGUUGACAACUGUUUUAAUUGGCAAUCCAGAUAGCCUUUGCACAAGCUCUGUCACUGGGUGAAACCCUCUUUACAUAUCCAACUAUGGUACUUUGGAAACUCCCUAGUGUCCAAAAGACUUGAGAUGCAUUGGAUUUGGAUGCAGAAAUCAAACACUGCAGACAGUGUUUAGAUUGGUUAUACGUUGCAUUUUUUGAAACAUUUGUAACUGCAUUUUCAAGAAGAGUUUGUAUGUACACAUUCCCUUGGGUGUCAAAGUUUUUUUGACACCUAAGUUGUUUGAUUCUUUCUUGGUGUAUAUAACCAGGGAGACCCACAAGACUGUUUUGUUAUCUCUUUGCUUCGUGCAUAUAUAUAUAUAUAUAUA